CACCAAUGCUCACAAGAUGUGGACCAAUGAGCCAGCGACGUGGCAUCUGCGUCCUCGCAACGUCAUUGGCCAGUCAGCGCUCGACCAUCGGAAGUGCAUGGGUGUGUUUCCGAGAGUUGACUCGGCGGCCACAUCGACGAACUUCUCAAGACGUUGGUGAAAAGAGGUUGGCUGUGUUUAUUGGCAGGAUGGAGCUGCGGCCAUUUUUAAUGUGCUUUGCCCUUUGCGUGGUGUACGCCACCAGCAAGCCCACCGAGAAGAAAGAUCGUGUCCACCAUGAUGAUCCACUCAGCAACCGGGAGCAUGACGAUGCCGAAAACUUUGAUUAUGACCAUGAAGCUUUUCUGGGCCAAGAGGAAGCCAAGACCUUUGACCAGCUCACUCCUGAGGAGAGCAAGGAGCGACUUGGAAUGCUGGUGGAGCGCAUCGACGAAGACAAGGACGGCUUCGUGACCAUGGAGGAGAUGAAGAAGUGGAUCAAACACGCGCAGAAGAGGUGGAUUUACGAGGAUGUUGAUCGGCAGUGGAAGACGCACGACCUCAACGGCGACAACGUGGUGUCUUGGGAGGAGUACAAGAACGCUACGUAUGGCUACAUUCUUGAUGAGCCUGAUGCCGAUGACGGCUUUAGCUACAGACAAAUGAUGGUGCGCGACGAGAGGAGGUUCAAGAUGGCCGACCUGGAUGGAGACCAGAAUGCCAACAAAGAAGAGUUCACUUCCUUCAUUCACCCUGAGGAGUUUGAGCACAUGAAGGACAUUGUGGUGCUUGAAACCAUGGAGGACAUUGACAAGAAUGGCGAUGGGUUAAUUGACCUGGAAGAGUAUAUUGGUGACAUGUACAGCCAGGAGGGUGCGGCAGAGCCCGAGUGGGUGAAGACUGAGAGGGAACAGUUCGCUGAGUUCCGAGACAAGAACAAAGACGGGAAGAUGGACAAGGAGGAGACCCGAGACUGGAUCUUGCCCAACGACUACGACCAUGCCGAGGCCGAGGCUAAGCACUUGGUCUACGAGUCCGAUGCAGACAAAGACGGCCGCCUGACCAAAGCUGAAAUUGUGGACAAGUACGACCUUUUUGUGGGCAGCCAGGCCACCGACUUUGGAGAAGCCCUUACUCGACACGACGAGUUCUAAAUUCUUAGCCGUCCACAAAGACUUUGUGUCCACUAUGCCUCCUUAUCCUCAGAGUGGACAUCAUUGUUUUUUUAUGUAUUCACCACAAGGUCAUCUAAUUUAUUAACGUUUGUUUCCAGUUAUGCACGUGUACACACACUACUUUUUCGAAGUUUGAUUCUUCGAUCCCGUUCUGAUCAAAUGAUUUUAUCGUUGACGAAAAAGCAAAGGUUGCAGCAUGCAGCUUUUUUUUUUUAUUUUAUUUUUUAUUUUUUUGCAAUGCACUGGAUGAUAACCCUGCCCAAUCGAACAACAUUGUAUUGUUAGGCUGUCCACAUGAAUGAUAUAUUUGGACGACAGCAAAUUUUAAAUCAUUUUCUCACUUUAAAAUAAUGUAUGUCAAACGUUUUGGGGUGUGCCCCCCCCCCUUUUUUUUUAAGUUCAGGGGGGUGCUGGCACUGAAAAUUUGUAAAAGAGGGAGUAGAAUUGGGGUGGGGAAUUGAAACAAUCUGUGCCCCCUGGUGGCGAAGGCCACUGCUUUAAGACCUCUAAAUUUAUAAACAGAAUCCCAUCUUGUCCUGUGAUCAUUGCCUCAAUUUCUAUGUAUUUUGUGUGUACAGCAUAUUUACUUGUUUUUGAUGACAUCCACCUUUUUUUUGCAUUUUCUCAGUUUUGCGUACCAAGCCAAAAUGCUCAAAAGAAUCCUUUUUUCUUUACCAUAAAUAUCUUUGCUAUGCUUACCACAACCACCAUUGAGAACCACUGUUGAUCGAUCAUUUUGCGUGAUAUGAUGUUUUUUUUUUCCCUUUUAAAUCAGUUCUCUGCAGAAGCCUUUUUUGUAACUCAAUGCAGUACAAAGAAAAAUGUAUUGCCCCCCCACUUCUCAAAUUCCUUUUAGUUUCCCCACUUUAAUAACAUCAAAGAAAUAGGAAAAUUUAACCUAAGGGAACUUAAAAUGUUUUUAAAUUAUAUCAACUAAGGAAGAAAGAAAAUCUAACUUAACCUGGCCCUGUGUGGAAAAAGUAAUUAUCCCCUUUGUUAAAUCUUGAUUAGGCAUGGCUACUCAAAUUGAAUUUGGAAAAAAAAUAGCUGCAGCAAAUUAACAUGUUCCAAUGAAAUUCCAGAAUAGUUGAGAAUCCAAAUCCUUGACAGUCUGGAAAUUGGUGUAAACGUUUAGAUUCCAGCAUGCCAAGUGGAGAAAAAUUAUGCCAAGAGAGCAGUGACUCAUUCAGGAGGCCACAAAGGAACUCAGGACAACUUCCAAACAACUGGGGGCCUCCAUUCCUUCAAUUCUCAAAGUUCACGACAUGACAAUGAGAUGACAGUUUUCCAAGUUGAAAACAACCACUAAUUCCCACCUCCCCCCAAAAUUGUUGUACUCACAUUUUAAUUCCCAAAACUUGCAAAUUUAUGGGCUGAUGUGAUGAAAGUUGAGCUGUUUGGGAAGUGUGUAAUUACACCUGUAAAUGUAGUACAGCAUUUCAGAAAAAAAAAAUAUCAGUCAAAUGUGGUGGGAUGGUCUUGGGCUGCUUUUCUCUUUCAGGGCAUGGACGAAUCGCUGUGAUACCCUAACCAAUUCGUAGCUUUAGGGGGGCAUUUUCACACAGGGCCAAGUAACUUGGGUAUUUUUCCUCCUAAAUGUUUCACAAUUUAUAAACUAUAAAUUCACUUAUAUGUAUAUGAUUUCUAUUAACAUUUAUUUUUAAGUAGGGAACUGCAAAAAUGGAUGAAUUUGAAAAGGAUCAAUAUUUUUCACUGCAUUGUGUAGUUUGUCUGCCAACUGAGCUGACGAUCAAGUCCUGUUUUUGUGAUUGAGGACAUCUUAAAAAUAAAAUUACAUUGGGAAAAUUUUUUAAA